AUGACGACGACUAGACCUGAUCGAUCGAAGACGAGUCUCCAUAAUUUCACGCUCCCGAACUUGAAGUGGGGCAGUCAGAGACAUCUCAAGUGCAUGAAGAUCGACUCUACUACGACUAACGCCGGCUCCGGCGAUCACCGACUCCGACGCCGAUCUCCUCCUCUGAAAUUCGCUCCGAUUCAAUUCGGCGAGUCUGAUCAUCAAUUGAGAAACGCGCCUUUCAAAUCUGUGGAAAACGAGUGCGAGGAAGGGAUCGAGGAGUUUAGGGAGAAGAUUAUGUCGGAUCUGAAGACGGUGAGGGAUAAGAUCACACAAUCCAUGUUCAGGAAAGACGCUUUUGGUGAGGAAGACGAACAACGGCGGCGGAAAGACGAUUGCUCCGGCCAAGAGAAGGAGAGAGAGAUUUCUCCGGCGAAGCCAUGGAAUCUGAGAAAAAGAAGAGCAGCGUGCAAAGAACCGGUUUCCGGUAACCACUACAACAGCUUCAAUCAAAUCAAUAACGGAAUCGAGGAGAGGUUAGUGAAUCCGUCGCCGACGAGGGUGAAGGAAAGAGGCGGAGUGGUCGAAGCAGAGACGACGGCGCGGCCCAAGUUCUCCGUGAGGCUCUCGAAGAAAGAGAUCGAGGAGGAUUUCAUGGCGCUUUUUGGUCACCGACCACCGCGACGGCCUAAAAAACGACCCAGAACCAUUCAAAGAAAACUCGAUGUAAGUCUCCGGCUCCGACCUUUGUUGACGCUUGACGCGUAUAAGGUCCCAGAAGAAACGAAGAAGAAUCUGCAGAGAUGA